GUCAGUACAGGUAGCACUCAGAGACCCAUAGCGGGCAAAUUCUAAGGUAAUACAGGCUGAGGAAAUGGAAUCCGGAAUGGACCUGAUCCAUGGUUCUGGGAUCCAGAUGGUUCAGUACCUUCAGACCAACUACAAGGAUUCCCAAAAUCUGUUUCUGUUCAUCUCAUUCGCUGCAGAUUUACGAAACACCUUUUUUGUCUUUUUCCCGAUCUGGUUCCAUCUCUGCGAGUCAGUGGGCAUCAGACUCAUCUGGGUGGCCGUGAUCGGUGACUGGCUGAACCUUGUCUUUAAAUGGAUUCUCUUUGGACAAAGGCCAUACUGGUGGGUUUAUGAAACUACUUUCUACAGCAACUCUUCUGUCCCAGUGGUUGAACAAUUUCCAGUUACAUGUGAAACUGGGCCAGGAAGUCCCUCUGGACAUGCAAUGGGCUCAGCGGGUGUUUACUAUGUGAUGGUCACUGCAAUUCUAACCCUCCUGUUUCAGAAACAGCAGCAACAGCUCAAGAAAUGGUGUGCUCAUAGCCUGCUGUGGAUGGGAUUCUGGGGAGUUCAAGUCUGUGUUUGUUUGUCCAGAAUCUUUCUUGCAGCUCAUUUCCCUCACCAGGUCAUUGCAGGAGUCAUUUCAGGUAUAGCAGUAGCUGAAGCAUUCAAUCACAUCCAGUUGAUCUAUAAGGUAAACCUGAAGCACUACCUCAAUACCACUGCCUUCCUGUUUGUCUUCGCUCUUGGAUUUUAUCUUCUCCUGAAAGCCUUUGGAGUGGACCUUCUCUGGUCUGUGGAGAAAGCUAAGAGGUGGUGUGCCAAUGCUGAGUGGAUUCAUAUUGAUACAACACCCUUUGCUGGCUUGUUAAGGAACCUGGGUACCUUUUUUGGUCUGGGGUUAGCCCUUAAUUCUCAACUUUAUGCUGAUAAUUGUAAAGGAAAACAAGGACAAAGGCUCAGCUUCAAACUCAGUUGCAUUGUGUUUUCCAUAAUAGUUCUACAUUUAUUCGACUUCUUCAAACCACCAGCUAAGAUCGAACUGCUGUUUUACUUCUUGUCCUUCUGCAAGAGUGCUGCCGUACCUCUUACAGCUGUAGUGAUCAUACCGUACUCUCUGUCUCAUAUCAUAAGGGCGCACGACAAGAAGAUCUUGUAGGACAGUAAAUGAAACAGUGUACUGUGUUGCCUCUCUCUUAGCAAAUAUAAGACUUAAGCAUGGUAAGAUUACAGAACUCUGAGUCACAUGGGAAUACUUAGAAACCAAUGCAGUAUUUAAACAUGGUAAGAUUACAGAACUCUGAGUCACAUGGGAGUACUUAGAAACCAAUGCAGUAUUCAAACAUGGUAAGACUACAGAACUCUGAGUCAUGUGGGAGUACUUAGAAACCAAUGCAGUAUUUAAACAUGGUAAGAUUACAGAACUUUGAGUCACGUGGGAGUACUUAGAAACCAAUGCAGUAUUCAAACAUGGUAAGACUACAGAACUCUGAGUCAUGUGGGAGUACUUAGAAACCAAUGCAGUAUUCAAACAUGGUAAGACUACAGAACUCUGAGUCAUGUGGGAGUACUUAGAAACCAAUGCAGUAUUCAAACAUAGUAAGAUUACAGAACUCUGAGUCAUGUGGGAGUACUUACAAACAAAUGCAGUAUUUAAACAUGGUAAGACUACAGAACUCUGAGUCAUGUGGGAGUACUUAGAAACCAAUGCAGUAUUUAAACAUGGUAAGAUUACAGAACUUUGAGUCACGUGGGAGUACUUAGAAACCAAUGCAGUAUUCAAACAUGGUAAGACUACAGAACUCUUAGUCAUGUGGGAGUACUUAGAAACCAAUGCAGUAUUUAAACAUGGUAAGAUUACAGAACUCUGAGUCACAUGGGAGUACUUAGAAACCAAUGCAGUAUUCAAACAUGGUAAGACUACAGAACUCUGAGUCAGUUGGGAGUACUUAGAAACCAAUGCAGUAUUUAAACAUGGUAAGAUUACAGAACUCUGAGUCACAUGGGAGUACUUAGAAACCAAUGCAGUAUUCAAACAUGGUAAGACUACAGAACUCUGAGUCAUGUAGGAGUACUUAGAAACCAAUGCAGUAUUUAAACAUGGUAAGAUUACAGAACUUUGAGUCACGUGGGAGUACUUAGAAACCAAUGCAGUAUUCAAACAUGGUAAGACUACAGAACUCUGAGUCAUGUGGGAGUACUUAGAAACCAAUGCAGUAUUCAAACAUAGUAAGAUUACAGAACUCUGAGUCAUGUGGGAGUACUUACAAAGAAAUGCAGUAUUUAAACAUGGUAAGACUACAGAACUCUGAGUCACGUGGGAGUACUUAGAAACCAAUCCAGUAUUCAAACAUGGUAAGAAUACAUAACUUUGAGUCACGUGGGAGUACUUAAAAACCAAUGCAGUAUUCAAACAUGGUAAGACUACAGAACUCUGAGUGAUGUGGGAGUUAUUAGAAUCCAAUGCAGUAUUCAAACAUGGUAAGAUUACAGAACUUUUGAGUCAUGUAGGAGUACUUAGAAACCAAUGCAGUAUUCAAACAUGGUAAGACUACAGAACUCGGAGUCAUGUGGGAGUACUUAGAAACCAAUGCAGUAUUCAAACAUGGUAAGAUUACAGAACUUUGAGUCACGUGGGAGUACAUAGAAACCAAUGCAGUAUUCAAACAUGGUAAGACUACAGAACUCUGAGUCAUGUGGGAGUACUUAGAAACAAAUGCAGUGUUUAAACAUGGUAAGACUACAGAACUCUGAGUCAUGUGGGAGUACUUUGAAACCAAUGCAGUAUUCAAACAUGGUAAGACUACAGAACUCUGAGUCAUGUGGGAGUAUUUAGAAACCAGUGCAGUAUUCAAACAUGGUAAGACUACAGAACUUUGAGUCAUGUGGGAAUACUUAGAAACUAAAGCAGUGUGGUUAAAACUAUGGGUAACUUGCUGGACAAGUUACUAAUCUUUUAGUGUCUAGAACAGUGUUUUUUUAUGAUGUGUUACUAUUGAAAACUUGAACAUUCUGCUGAUUCUAAAUGCAAUACUGCAUACAUGAACAAAAACUGCAUAGAAAGAUUUAAACACCUGAUUCAAUAUACUGGUGAUUUUUUAAGAGUAGCUGAAUACUUAUUGCUUCUGGUCCCUCGCCAGGACUUUGCACAUGUGUGGACCCAUUAGGUCAUGGUCAAGCUGUAAAUGUUAAAUACUGAUGAUAGGAAACAGCCAUCUGUCUAAUCACAUCAAAUAUGUAUGCUACAAGUAUGUUUUUGUAUUUAUUUUUAAAUAUGAAUGAUAUAUCCACAGACUGCAUAUCUGCUAUAAGUUUUGUUUGUUUUUAAUAUUAUUUUAUUAAAAUUAAGUAUUUUGUGAA